CCUAUCUCAAUUUCACACAGCAGCAACAAUGGUAGGAUUCGAAAUCGGUGCCGUGCCUUUCAAUCCCGAUGGCUGGGGUCCGCCGGACUCCGCCACCGCCGGACUCUCUGUCCCCAACCACCCCUCCAAUGUUCCUUUCGCCCCUUUCUCACGCUCCGAGAAAUUGGGGCGCAUCGCCGAUUGGACCCGGAACAUGAACAAUUCCGGCCGCCCCGGAUCCAAGCAGGGCGGCUAUCACGGCGCAGAUUCCGCCUUCGAUUUCUCCGGCGACGACUCCUUCGCCACCCUCGCCGCCGAUGAGGAUUCCUCCUUCCGCCUCGUCGACACAUCCGCCAAAUCGCACCACCACAACCCUAACCGCCCGAAAUUCAACCCUAGGUGGCGAUUCAACCCUAACCACGCCCGCUCGCAGCUCCCGCAGCGCCGCGACGAAGAGCAGGAGGCAAAGAAGCGAGAUGCCGAGAAGGAGCGCGCGCGCCGCGAUCGGCUGUACAACGCCAACCGCUCGCAGCCGCAGCGCCGCGAGUCAUCGGUGUUCAAGUCCUCCGUCGAUAUCCAGCCGGAAUGGAAUAUGUUGGAUCAAAUCCCCUUCUCGAGCUUCUCGAAGCUCUCCUUUUCGGUGCCUGAGCCUGAAGAUUUGUUGAUUUGCGGCAGCUUAGAGUUCUACGAUAGGUCUUACGAUCGGAUUACCCCGAAGAAUUCCCGUCCCUUGGAGCGAUUCAAGAGCCGCAAUUUCUUCAAGGUCACAACCACUGAUGAUCCUGUGAUUAGGCGUUUGGCAAAUGAGGAUAAAGCGACGGUUUUUGCUACUGAUUCAAUUUUGUCGACACUUAUGUGCGCUGCUAGAUCAGUUUACUCGUGGGAUAUUGUUGUCCAGCGCGUUGGAAACAAGCUAUUCCUUGAUAAGAGAGAUGGAUCGCAGCUUGAUUUGCUAGCCGUGCACGAGACGUCGCAGGAGCCAUUGCCUGAUACCAAGGAUGACAUCAAUUCCAUGCACUCUUUGAGCGUGGAAGCUGCUUAUAUCAACCAGAACUUCUCGCAGCAGGCUUUGAUCAGGGAUGCAAACAAGGUGACUUUCGAGGAGCCCAACCCCUUUGCUAAUGAAGGCGAGGAAGUGGCUCCGGUUGCUUAUAGGUAUAGACGGUGGAAAAUGGCCGAUGAUAUGUAUCUUGUCUCGAGAUGUGAGGUGCAGGGCGUGGUGGAUAUAAACAAUCAGAGGUCGUUCGUGACACUGAACGCAUUGAAUGAGUUUGAUCCUAAAUAUUCUGGUGUCGACUGGAGGCAGAAGCUCGAGACACAGAGGGGUGCAGUUCUGGCAACUGAGUUGAAGAACAAUGCAAAUAAGUUGGCGAAAUGGACGACUCAGGCUUUGCUGGCUGGUGCCGAUAUGAUGAAGUUGGGGUAUGUUUCCAGGGUUCACCCGAGGGAUCAUUUCAACCAUGUGAUAUUGGCUGUUGUUGGAUACAAGCCAAAGGAUUUUGCUACGCAGAUUAAUUUGAAUACUUCAAACAUGUGGGGGAUUGUUAAGAGUAUUGUUGACUUGUGUAUGAAGUUGAAGGAGGGCAAAUAUGUGCUUGUUAAGGAUCCAUCGAAGCCGCAGGUGCGGAUCUACGAUGUGCCCCAGGAUGCUUUUGAUAAUGAUUAUGUAGAGGAGCCAUUGCCGGAGGACGAGCAGGUGCAGCCUCCAGCUGAGGAUGCAGAUGGUACUGAAGCAAGUGCCACUGUUGAUGGAGCUGCCGAUGAUAAGGAGGUUGCUAAGGAAGUUGUUGCUGCUGCUUAAUGGCCCCACUCCUCCCGUUGGAACAGUGCCCGCCCACAACAAAUUAGUUUUGUUCAGCUGAAAGAAAGAGAUCUGGGAUAUUUGCGACUUCCCUUGGUUGGAGUAUUUAUUUGAUUUCUCUCUAAAACCUCGAGUACAAGAAUUUUUUUUUUUGUUGUCGGAUUCCCUGUUUUCUAAUUUUGUACCUUGUGUACCUCAGAAUUAUGUUUUUAUAUCAAUACUUGGUUGCAUUGUCUCUUC